AGAAAAGUGGGCGGGCCCGUGUAUCCGGGAACUGCUGCUGACCCCCAGCGCGACCCUGUAGGAUUGCAAACAUGGCGGAGCCCUCCGUAGGGAAGUCGAGCCCAGGAGGCUCAGUGGGUUCCGUGGACCAUGACUUCGACCCCUCUGCGGACCUUCUUGUCCACGACUUUGACGACGAGCGCACCCUUGAAGAAGAGGAGCUGUUGGAGACGCCGGACGACACAAACCCCAACGAGAUUGAAGAUCUCGCCCGUGAGGGGGAAAUGCCCAUUCACGAGCUGUUGAGUUUGUACGGUUAUGGCGGUGGUUCCCCUGCGGAUGAGGACGAAGAGGAGGAGGAACCGGAGGAGGAUGAGGAGGAGGAGGAUGAAGAGGAAGAAGAGGACGAAGAAGAAGAAGAAGAAGAGGAGGAACUGGAUAAUGACGAGAGCAGCAGGAGCACUGGUGGCCUGAAGAGAACUGAGGUGGAGGGGGCCAAGACCCCGCCUGAGCUGGAGGACGACGCCAAGCCGACCAGCGAGGGGGGGUUGGGUCUGGCCGGCGGACGCACGCGCUCGGUGCGCUCCCUGGGCACGGCGGACCUCAUCCGCACGCAGAAGCUCAAAUACUUUGAGGGCCACGACGCGGAGGACGAGUCUGAGGAGGACGAGGACUACGUCCCAUCGGAGGACUGGAAGAAGGAGAUCAUGGUGGGCUCCAUGUACCAGGCAGAGACCCCCUCGGGUCUGACUAAAUACAAAGAGAACGAGAAGGUGUAUGAGAACGAGGACCAGCUGCUAUGGAACCCUGAGUGCCUUCCGGAAGGCAAGGUAGUGGAAUUCCUGACGGAGGCGUCACGGCGAACCGGAGAGGAGACGGGAGUGGACGCCAUUCCCGAGGGAUCCCACAUCAAAGACAACGAGCAGGCUUUGUACGAGUUGGUCAAGUGUGACUUUGACCCCGAGGAGGCCUUGAGGAGACUCAAGUUCAACGUGAAAGCGGCCAGAGAGGAAUUGUCCGUCUGGACUGAAGAGGAAUGUAGAAAUUUUGAGCAAGGUCUCAAAGCCUAUGGAAAAGAUUUCCAUCUAAUACAGGCCAAUAAGGUGAGAACUAGGUCUGUAGGAGAAUGUGUGGCCUUUUAUUACAUGUGGAAGAAGUCUGAGCGUUAUGAUUUCUUUGCACAGCAAACCAAACUUGGGAAAAGGAAAUAUAAUCUUCACCCCGGUGUAACAGACUACAUGGACAGGCUAUUGGACGAGACGGAGAGCGCGGCCUCCAGCAGGGCGGCCUCGCCCCCCGCCAACGCCUCCAACAGCAGCACCAGCCAAUCAGAGCGCGAGGACAGCAGCGGUCACAACGGGGAGCGCCCCUCCUGCGCCGACACCGACCCCUCCUGUGGGGGGCGCUCCCAGACGCUGCUGGCCCCCCAGGUCAGAGCAGAGGCGCUCCAGGCCAACGGCCCGCCCCCGCCCCCCCCCCCCCCUCUCACGGACAGUGACUCCAACUCCAACGGCGGCGGCGGCGCUAGCCACGAGCGGAACGGCGUGGAGCCGCUCCUAGAACACAGAGAGCCCGCCCCCCCGGCCCCCCCCGCGGCGGCCGAGCGCCCCCCCAAGAGGUGCCGGACCGAGGCCGAGGCGCCGGGGGCCGGGGACCUGGAGGCCCCGCUGGUCCAGGACAACUGAAGGGCCCCAGCCUGGGGCCUGGGGCGGGGGGGGGGGCAGAGCGCAGGACCCCGGACCCGCUACGCCCAGGGACCCACUCCACUGUAAAGCCCCCCGGGGCAACCCCCCCCCCCCCCCCCUGGGCCACCGUCUCCACCCCCUGGGCCACCGUCUCCACCCCUCAGCCCCCCCCUGGAGCCCAGUUCAACCAUCACGGCCUCCUGCCUCCCAGUUCAACCAUCACGGCCUCCUGCCUCGCAGUUCAACCAUCACGGCCUCCUGCCUCCCAGUUCAACCAUCACGGCCUCCUGCCUCCCAGUUCAACCAUCACGGCCUCCUGCCUCCCAGUUCAACCAGUACCUUUUGUAUCUGGGGAACCCAAGGAAUAUAAAUCGGUGAUAUUUUUUUACAUGAGAGAUAUUUAUAUUUUUUAAAAGGAAAAUGAAUUGCAAUGAUUUGAAUGUGCUGUUCGACCUUUGGAGCCCUGGAGAAAUGUUAACAAAUGACAAAAGAACACGAAACGGCAACCCCUCUAAACAGCCAUGUGGGGGCGCUGGCUCCCUUUAGUCGGUCGCACUUUUUAAGAUGUGGAGUAGAACCAUUAUGACGCUGUUCGAAAUGCCCAUCCUGCCAUUUUGGAUCCACCAUGGGUGGUAACCAUGGCCACAUAACGUACGCAGUACGACUCUAAAAUGAACCGCCACAGGGUUCGUUUGUGUAAGCAGCUGGCGUCAGUGACGUCCUGUACUCAUUGCUUUGAGAGGGUCACCUUUAUUCCAUAGUAAGUACUUUGCUUGUUUUGCUAGACAAAAUCUUGAUUAUUGUUUAUCUCUAUUUUUAUUGUACAAUUUGUAUAGAUUUCCAAUCUUGUGUGCAGUUUGUAAACUCUGAUGGCAGUCCUUCAGCUCUCACAGGCUUCCCGCUCGCCUCAAGGCUUAGACCUCUGGGACAUGAUGAAGCCGUAGCUGAUGCUUUCUGUCUGAUUAAAUAAGAUUUAGCCGUUUCCUCUUUGCGGUCCUGUCAGAUUAAAUAUGUGCGGUCGGCGGCUUUCUGUUCAGCCAGUCACAACAUUCUAGAAGUUUUGAGGAGGACAUGGGGGCCUCUGUUCACACACCUUUAAACACAUUCUCGCCUGCCAUCCAAAGGUGAUGUGUGUACCGGUAGUCUUUAGGCUGAAAACUGCUUGUUGGAGGUUCCCACCAACUGAUAGAGAAGGCAUUCACUGUCUCUAAAAUGUUGUUGACUGUUGUCUCUGUUUUUGUUUACUGGUCUUAAAAAAUGUAUUUUGUUUUUUUUUCCUCCAAAAAUGACAUGAUUAAACACGCAUAUACCAAGGCCGACACUGAAUGGAGCUAUGUUGGUUAUAUUUAAUAAAUUUAGUAUUGACAUACA